AUGGACAGCGACGAGUUCGACGACGACAUUGCAGACGAGGAUUUCUUGACAGCUUUAGAUCAAGUGUCUUCUUCCAUGACUGGCAAAAACACCGCAAACCCUUUGCAGUCAGUCAGGAGACAACCCAGUAAUCAACACACUUCUGCGGCUGUGGCGGCUCUAGAACUGGAAGAUCUUCCGUCGGAUGCAUUUUCAUCACCCGAACAACACCAAUCGCGUUCAAAAGCGCCCGCAGUAACCUCAGCAGGGCCAAGAUCGGGGACAGGGCUUAAUAGAACAAGUUCUGGUAAUUGGCGUCAGACGACUCUUUUCGGCGGAUCUCUGUCAGGGGAUGGCCCACGACCAUCGCAACCUGCCUCUGCAAGAGUGUUUCGUGCAGACCUUCCUCGGGAAGAACCAACUCACCAUGAAGUUGACCACGAGGCUAUGAAGACUUGGGUGUUUCCGACGAAUUUAGGCAAGAUUCGAGACUACCAGUUCAGCAUCGUCAAGAACAGUUUGUUCAACAACACCUUGGUAGCAUUGCCAACUGGUCUUGGAAAAACCUUCAUUGCCGCAACUGUCAUGCUCAACUUUUACCGGUGGACCAAAAAUGCAAAGAUUGUAUUUGUCGCCCCAACGAAGCCUCUUGUAGCACAGCAGGUCACUGCUUGCUAUGGCAUCGCUGGUAUUCCUCGGUCGGAAACGACGUUAUUAACAGGCGAAAUCGCACCAGCACUUCGUGUUGACGAGUGGGCAUCUCGUCGAGUCUUCUUCAUGACCCCUCAGACUUUGUUGAACGAUAUCUCUCAUGGCUAUGCCGACCCCAAAUCCAUAACGUUACUUGUUAUUGACGAGGCACACCGUGCUGUGGGAGAGUAUGCAUACGCCAAGGUUACAAAACUCAUCCGAAGAUUCUCCAAAAGCUUCCGAGUACUGGCACUAACCGCUACGCCUGGAUCUAAGAUCGAAACCGUGCAAGAAGUUAUCGACAACCUGGGCAUUUCACAUUGCGAAAUCCGUACAGAAGACUCCAUAGACAUCCGUCAAUAUGUCCACGGAAGGAACAUUGAGCAGGUCGUGCUUGACCCAUCGGAUGAGAUGGUACUGAUCGGCGAGCUUUUCACGAAAGCCCUGAAACCAAUGACGGACAAGUUGAGCUCGCAAAAUAUUUGGUUCGGACGAAGCCCUAUGGCUAUUACAGCAUAUGGGUUGAUGCAAUCUCAAAAAGAGUGGUUUGCGUCCCGAGGCCGGUCCGCCAACCAGGGUGUGCAGCACAUGAUGCGAGCUGUUUUCAGCGUUCUCACAAGCAUUGCCCAUUCGAUUAAACUGCUCAACUUCCAUGGCAUCAGGCCUUUUUAUGACAACCUUGUCGACUUGCGUAGCGAGCAAGAAGGAAAAGGAGAAAAGGGAUCUAAAUACAAGCGCCAGCUCGUCCAAGACUCCAACUUUCAGGAAAUGAUGGACAGAAUCUCUAAAUGGCUUCGCACGGACGGUUUCGUGGGCCACCCCAAGCUUACAGCUCUCGCGGAUACCGUAUUAAAUCACUUUAUGGACAAUGCUGCGAACCCUGCGACACGAGUGAUCGUGUUCAGUGAAUAUCGAGAUUCUGCAGAGGAUAUCGUACGCAUGCUUAACAAGCACAAGCCUCUCAUCAAAGCUAGUGUCUUUGUUGGACAAGCUGACAGCAAGCGGGGAGAAGGCAUGAAACAAGCACAGCAGAUCCAGGCAAUUGACAGAUUCAAAGAAGGAGAAUUCAACGUGCUUGUUGCAACUUCCAUCGGCGAAGAAGGAUUGGAUAUUGGACAGGUUGAUCUUAUCGUAUGCUACGACUCUUCAGCAUCACCAAUCCGAAUGUUACAGCGGAUGGGACGAACUGGCCGAAAGCAAGAGGGAAAGAUUGUGUUGCUUCUCAUGCGAGGCAAAGAAGAAGACCAGUUCGCGAGAUCUAAAGACAGCUACGAGAAGAUGCAAGCCUUGAUCUGCGAAGGGAGCCGUUUCAACUUUCGAUUCGAUUUAUCCACACGAAUUGUUCCUAGGGAGUUUCGCCCCGAAGUAGACAUGCGACACAUCGACAUUCCCAUCGAGAACACACAAGACCAGUCGUUACCAGAGCCAAAGAAACGGCGGGCAACGAAGAAAAAACCACCCAAGAAAUUCCACAUGCCCGAUGGCGUUGAAACGGGUUUCCGGAGUGUAGCCAGCAUGCUGAAAAUUGGCGGCAAAGUAAAAACAACCAAGUCCAAGCGCAAUCCCGAACUCGAUGAUAUCGCCAUAAUACCCGACCUCACCAAGGUGCUGCUAGACGAUGAAGAGCUUAAAGAGCUCAACAGGGCAUAUCGUGACUUGCCUUUCAAUCAUAGCAUCAUUGAGGAAACGGACAUGCCUGAUAUGACAGCGCAUCCGGAGUUACAAAGACAGUUGCGACCGGUUGCAAAGCUCAAGCAUGGGACCCGUACCAAGCGCUUUGUCAAGCUAUGGAAUAGGAUGGCCAACGACCAAGAAAGCCUUGUCUUACCGUGCCGAGACGAAGAUACGAGCAGAUACCUAGAGAUACCCGUUCGUGCAUUUGCUGGAUCCGAAUCCGAAUCAGAAUCAGGGCCAGAUGGCGAUGCACCAGCGCCACGAACGAAAUCGGUGAAAGCACCGGCGGCUGGCAAAAAGAAGCAAGCAAGAAAAGCACCAUCAAAGGCGCAACCUCAAACAAAGAGAAGGAAGUUGUCGCCAGGUGCGGUACCCCAGACGUUUGCCCUUGGCUCAAUGGUGGAUGUAGGCUUCUCAGAUGAUGACGAAGAUGAAGAGGAUGAAGAAGAGGAGGAGGAGGAGUCUCUACCCCAAGGCCGUGGGCGACCUAAGUCUGGCAGCAAAGCCAAAGGCAAACGCAAGACGAAGCAGAAGACUGGGGGUUUUAAUAGUGACGAAGUCGGCGACGAUUGUGAUCGUGAUAGUGAUUUGUUAGAGACAGAUGGUUCUGACGAAGGCGAAGAUCUUCUUGACUUUGUUGUUUCUGACAACCAUCCGGUGUCAAGCAUGAAGGAUCCUAUGUCUCUAACAGCCACAUCCCCAUUUGCUUCAUCGCCAACUGUUAGGGGCGCAGAGGAUGACGGCACAAAACCAUUCUUUGUGCCUACUGCAUUCUCAGCAACGCAAGAGAGUGAAGACUUGCCAGACCUGGGCCGCAUGCUUAAUAAGCCAGCCCAAACAGCAAACGAGCUAUCGGAUGACGACGUUCAGACAAACCGAACAGCGCGCGGGCGGCGAAACGUCGUUGACGACAGUGACAGCGACAUGUAG